AUGAUCGACAUCAAAGCAACGGAAUCUCAGCCCGACUCACAACCUCCGCCGUACGAUUGGCAAGCAUCCUCAAAUGAUGUGCCCCUGCAGGCACUCCCCCCAACAAACUACUCACCUGCAGAGGCUCCCACCACGCUGAAACCUGACUUCCCGGCCCAAACACCGCCCGCCCAACCUGUGCAGUCGCAGCCACAGCCUGCACCACAACCACAGGUUGAUCCAGCCGAGAGAGAGGCAGCGCUGGGGCGACAGUACCAGGAGCAAUUAUUUGCUCGCUGCGCCAGAGGGGACCACGAGGUGACUACAAAGCACGGUCCCAUAGGAAUUAUCAGUGCUAUCCUGCUCUUCCCCAUCGGUCUCCUAUGUCUUUUGUGA